AACCCACGUGGUUCAUUCUACACAAUCGGGAAUAAUGGAACAUUACACUUUCCGAAAAACAUUUGUGCUUCCGCGUUUGAGGAAGAAUUGAAAUUUUUUGAAAUUCUUCCCGAUCACUUGGGUGAUUGUUGUUACGAAGAAUAUCUGGAUCGAUGUCGAGAUAUCAAAGAUCGAGCAAUUGAUAAACUCCUCCCUUUGCGUCAACCCGACGAGACAGUGAUCACGUGUCGACAGAAAUUACGCAAUAUUUUUGACGAUCCAUCUUACAAUGAUGCGGCUCAAGUUGUGUACUACACCACCGGAUUUUUCAUCAUUGUGUCCGUGCUAUCCAAUAUGGCAGAGACAAUUACAGGCACCUCACCCGGGGAUAUAAAUCAUCCACGAACUUACGACACAGCGUGUGUGGCCAUUUUCACAGUAGAAUAUCUCGUUCGGCUGUACGCGGCCGAGUCACGUCUUCGCUAUGUUCGAUCAAUCAUGGCUCUGAUCGAUCUGGUAGCCAUUUUACCCUAUUAUAUCGGUCUGUUUGUCUCCGCAGACAAACACUUCUCAGGCUCAUUGGUGACGUUACGCGUGUUCCGUGUGUUUCGCAUAUUCAAAUUCUCUCGUCACAGUCAGGGUUUGCGAAUUUUGGGAUUCACAUUGCAAUCCUGUGCCCGGGAACUGGGCUUUUUACUGUUCAGUUUAACAUUGGUUGUGAUCAUUUUUGCCACUGUGAUCUACUAUAUUGAAAAAUUCGAUCAGACCUCCACUUUUUACAGCAUUCCAGCUUCAUCGUGGUACACGAUAGUGACCAUGACCACAUUGGGCAUUGAAAGUUCUGAGUUAUUUAUUAUGUUCAUCUUUUAG